AUGCACAUCAGCUAUUGCCGCAGAAGCUGGAAUGAGGAAAUGCAACCUGGCCCUAGCAGUGCGGCCAGGCAUGAAGAUUUGGACCGUGCUGCCGGAAAUGCAGAAAACGCUGUCUUGAACCCAGUAUUGGGCGAGCGAAGGGAACGGCUGCUUGUGAACAAGGAACUUUGUCUUUAUCCGCUGACUUUCCUCCUCGCCAUAGUAUCCGCGGCCCUCCUUGUCAUGCUCGUGGCACCGAAACAAACACCAGCGACCCUUUCUUCAGGGACCUCGGUGCACAAGAGUUGCAACUCCGCUAUCUGUCUCCAGGACGCCGCCUACCUGUCCAACUUGCUGUCGUGGGAGGUGGACCCGUGCGAAGACUUCUACAAGUACGUCUGCGGUCGCUGGACUAAUGCAGUUCCAGCACUAGGUGCGGACAAGACAGCUUCCUCCGAUGACGACUACGUGGGUAACCUGGAGAGCACAAUACAUGGGCUACUGCAGAAUAGAUCAGAAAAGAGUGGCCUGAUUCGCCCGCUUCAGAGCCUUUUUGACCAGUGUGUAAACGUCAGCCGCAUAGAGGUAGCUGGCUGGGGUCCUCUCCUGGAGGUCAUGUUUCACGUUUCUCUCGAGGGCUUUCCGAUCACGCCACCGGUCCGCAGCAGCGUAUCCGUCUGGAGAAUGGCAGCUCGGAUACUUAGGAAAACGGGUGCUGCGGCUUUGCUGAGCGUCGGGGUUGUCUCGCAUCCGUGGAACACGAGCUCUGACAUUGCCUCGCUUGGACCCCCCGAGGCUCUUGUCACCAUCGCUGGAAUAGAUAUGAAUGAGGCAAUUCGUCAUUACACCACCGGGGCAUUUUCCUCGCUCAGAGCUCUUCGAAAAGAAUUUCUACCUCCCGUUUACACUUUAGAUAUCGCCAGAUUUGCGAGCGAUCUCGAAAGGCUUUUUCAACAGAAGACAAAUAUAUUCAACUUCAAGGUGGAAAAAAUGGAUUCGGGAUCACCUUUGUACAGCUUUCUCAGUGAAGUGUUUGCCGGAGUUCCAAAUGCCAUCUACAGUGGCCCCGAAUCUGAAAUAUUAAUAUAUAAUCCCGAUUUUGUAUUCAGUCUCGUAGAACUUGUUCAGAAGACUGAAACUCAUACUGUGAUGAAUUUUUUGGGCGUACGGCUCAUGGUGCAAACAUCGGCGCUUCUACCCCAAUCAGAGCUUGUGGACGUCUUUAGCAGUUUGGUCUACGGCAAGCUGCGAGCAGGACUGCCGCGAUGGAAACUUUGUCUUCGCGUUGUGGAAAAUGCUCUGACGCCUCUCUUUCAUUUCUUAGCACUUGUUCACUUCAGUCUUCACAUGCCCGCGGAAAAAAUAUCGGAACUAGUCUCCGAGAUAGUUGAAGCGUUUUCCCGUGGUAUGGAUCAAGCGGCCUACCUUAACAAUGCCUCCAAGAUUGCCAUCCGCCAUCUUAUCGCCAAAACACAGUUCAAAGUCUUAGGGGCCUUUUGGAUGAACGACAAGAGCCUUUUGAACGAAUAUAUACGAAAAAUACCUUCAAACUUUAGUACCACUGCCUUAGACACCUACGUUCUCACCUUUGAAUACAACUUCUUGUCAACGCUAACCAGAAGUUCUUACGAGCGGUGGUCUCACACAGCUUUCAGCACCAACUGCUGGUUCGAGCGUCACCCGAGAACCAUAUACGUGCCAAUGCUUCUUUUCAACUCGACUUUGGCACUCGACAACAGAACCGAUAGCUUCCAGCUAUCCCGGGCUGGGGUACGUGUUGGCCGCUGCAUCUUCGAGAUGCUCCUUUCUGAAACCGACGCCGUAGAAGACUCAGGGCAGUGGCUGAAUGAAGAAACUAAGUUAAAAUUGAACGAAGUACUGCGUUGUCUCGGUGACAAAGACAUUGGACAAGAAAUGAAAAAACUUCCUGAGGUGUCGGCGACACAUUUCACUUUUAGUCAUUUUCAAAAGAUUGUGAAGAGCUCCGCAGAAGAGCUACGACUCACAUUGGCUAGGAACGAAGACUUUGGGGCAGGAAAGCUUUUCUUUGUUUACUUGGCUCUCCAGUCUUGUGAGAAAAAAACUGCAAAAACUGAGUUACGUUUGCCGGGUCGUGAAACCUUUUUUAAUGACGCGUUGCGUCAGGAACCCGGCUUUCACGAAGAAUUCAAUUGCUCUACAGGAAGUUCCAUGUACCCUGCUCACCAAUGUGUUCUGUGA